AUGGCUUUCACUACUCGCCUUAUCUCAUACACGCUCGUCGCACUCCUCAUGCUUCAAGGUCACAUUGUGCAAGUACGCGGUGACCAAGGAGGCCCACCCCCACCCGACUCUGGCGACGUGAAAGGUCCAGGUGGUGACAGCGGAUACCAAGGUGGAGAUGGCGGAUAUGGGUCCAACCAAUGGAACCCCCAGCACGGCCCUGAUGGUCAUCCCGGUCCCAAGCCCCCUGGCUCCUGGCCUCCCAAGCCCGAUACCCAAGUUCUUUGGGGCCAGUGCGGCGGAUAUUACUACUACGGGACGACCAAAUGCCCGCCUGGGUCAUACUGCCGCUGGUUCUCAGAUUGGUACUCGCAGUGCAAUCCCAACGACCAUGGCGCUCCUGACGACCACGACCACGACCACGACCACCCUUAA